CUUCCUUCCUUUCCCCGAAACUUCAGGAGGGAGGGCUGCGUUCUUAUAAAUUCUGGCCCUUACCCAAGGGCAAAUCAAAGGCAGCUUUGCCGGGUUUGUGCUCACUGGCCCUAAGCUUCUACUCUGGGACAGACACGGAAGCCUGUAGCCGCCAGCGCCCCGAGCCUUUCAGAACCCGUCGGAUUCGGACCUGGUCGCCGGGACUGUGCUCUCCCCCGCGCAUGACCGUGGAGUGCCCGAACAGCAUGAUGCAGGUCCUGCUCUUCAGCGUGUUGGGUCCCGCUGCCCUGGGACUCCCGGCGCUCCCAGAGCCACAGCCCCACGGCAGCCAGUGCAUUCAACAGGACUGCUACUCGCUCUUCCGGGGCCCUACGCCCUUCCCCACCGCCAGCCUUGCCUGCGAACGCCUGCAGGGCCACCUGAUGACUGUGCGCUCCUCAGUGGCAGCUGAUGUCAUCUCCCUGCUACUGAGCGGCGACGGAGGCCACAGCUCUCGCCUCUGGAUUGGCCUGAAGCUUCCAUCCGGCUGCAGCAACCUAGGGCAACUAGGUCCCUUGCGUGGCUUCCAGUGGGUUACCGGCGACAACCAGACCAGCUACAGCAGGUGGGCUCGGCUUCCUCCUGAGCCUCUCUGCGGUCCCUUGUGCGUCUUGGUCUCCGCGUCCGGGUCUCCCGAGCCCGGUGAGCAGGUGUGGGAGGAGGAACAGUGCUUGGUGAAGGCCGACGGCUUCCUCUGCGAGUUCCACUUCCCAGCAUCUUGCAGGCCUCUAACUGUGGAGCACGGAGCAACGGCGGCCGCCAGCGUCUCUAUCUCUUACAGCACCCCGUUCGGUGCCCGAGGCACAGACUUUCAGGCGCUGCCAGUUGGUAGCUCCGCCGCGGUAUCGCCCUUUGGAGUGGAGCUGGUGUGUGAGCUGAGAGCAGGAGAUGCUGAGGCCCGCUGGGGCCGAGAGGUGCAGGGCCCCUGGGACUGCAGCGUGGAGAACGGAGGCUGCCAGCACGUGUGCAACCGGAACGCCGGGGUGUUGCGCUGCCUCUGCCCAGCAGACACCGCCACUCAGGAGGACCGGCGCUCUUGUGCAGCGCCUGGGGAGCACUCCUGCGACAAGCUCUGUGAGCACUUCUGCUUCCGAAACCCGGAAGUGCCCGGCUCCUACUCUUGCAUGUGCGAAACUGGCUACAAGCUGGCUUCGGAUCAGCACCAGUGUGAGGAUGUAGACGACUGUAUGCAAGUGCCAAGUCCAUGUCAGCAGGUCUGUGUCAACAAUCAGGGAGGCUUCGAGUGCCAUUGCCAUCCUGGCUACUACAUGGUGGACGGUGAGUGCGUGGAGUCAGUGGACCCGUGCAUCGGGACUAACUGCGAGUACCAGUGCCAGCCCUUGAGCAAAACUGAUUACCGCUGUGUCUGCGCAGAGGGUUUCGCGCCCAACCCCCAAGCACCACACAGGUGCCAAAUGUUCUGCAACCAGUCUUCAUGCACAGCCGACUGCGACCCUAACAAGCCCGACAGCUGCCAGUGCCCUGAGGGCUACAUUUUGGACGAAGGAUUCAUGUGCACAGACAUCGAUGAGUGUGACAAUGGCAACUGUCCAGGUGCAUUUUCGUGCAGAAACCUCCCUGGCUCCUAUGAGUGCAUCUGCGGGCCUGACUCGUCCCAGGCUGGCACCGAUUGUGACCUCACCAACAUGAGCAACGCUAGUGGUGAUGAGGGCGGCUCCGGGGACCACCCCAUCAGCGCAACUCCUGGCACCACCUCAAACCCGUCGCCUGCAGGGUCUGGACAUUCGGGUGUGCUUACUGGCAUCUCCAUCUUGAGCUUGUCUUUAGUGGUGGCGCUUUUGGCACUCCUCUGCCACCUGCGUAAGAAGCAAGGCUCCAUGCAGGCCGAGCUGGAGUACAAGUGUGAGGUCCCUGACAAGGAAGUGGUGUUGCAGCACGUGAACACGGAGCAGGCGCCUCAAAAACUCUGAGAGGGCCUCACUUCCUGUCCCCACGGUGUUGGCUUGGCCUUUUCUUCCCUCCUGUCACUCAUUCCACUGCCUCAUCCUCCAGCCUUACUCCCUGGCUACCCCAAAUCAUCUUAACUGGCAUCAAAACUAGAGGAAGACUAGACAAGACUGACCCCCUACUCUUUCUUUUGAUGAUUCUAGGAAUAACUUAUUACGGGGUUACUUUCAUGAUAUCACCAGACUAGUGGGCAGAGAUGGUAAUUUUACAAUGAAGAUGCAGAUUGCAUAAUGUCCCAUACCUUCAGUGGGGCAAGAUGAGCAUUAUUGGUCAGUGGCCUUUGGGCAGACUGCGAUAGGAUGGACUAGUAAGUGUAAUUUUGUGAUGGAUGAUGACUAAGAUAUUUAUUGAAGACUUUUUCUUUUUUUCCUAUCUUCAUGACCACUUUGAGUCCCUUCCUUCUUCUUUUUGUCUCACCUUUCCUAGCUAUAUAUUUAUAUACUCCCACUUGUCAUGUGGUAACUAUCUCGGUGAGUUCUUUUCAGCCUUUUGCAUUUAUAAAGCCAAGCCUCAUUUUCCCCUCUCAUUCCUACCAAUUUUCCCUUCCCAGAAACUGGACCCACCCACCUCAGUCACUCUACCUGUGUCUGACACUACUACUCCUACCUGUCUGCCUAGGCAGAACUCAUGUGUGACACAGAGGGAAUAAAACAACACUAAAAACAAGAAUAUUGGGCAUUUGUUCUUUCACUUGGUUUGUUCAUUUAUCCUAAAGUUUCAUGCUUCCACAGUGAUAUCAUUUGGCAAAGGUUAGGAUGUGAGAGGCAUUUGUUAAAUUAAUGUUGCUGAGAUGUCAUAGAAAUUAAACCCAAGGAGUUUUUGUUCUUAUUUUUUAAGCAGUGAGCCUGGGUUGUAUUACUGUUGUUGCUUUGAUUUGGACUGAAAUGUAGUAAUUGUUAAGAUUCAUAUGCAGUUUCUUUGUUAUUAUUAAUAUUUGUAUUUUUUUAGUUACUUUUUAACAAUGUUGAAAAGCUCACCUGGUUGCUCUAGAUUGAAAAAAAAGGAAACACUUCCCAGGAGAUAGUUUAAGAAAGUUUUAAGCUGCAUGAUUCAUGCCAAUUACCAUUUUGACUCUCACUGUUUUUGUAGUUUGUGGCCAAAGUAAACCCAGCUUUAUUGUUUUGGGGGAUUUGAGUAUUUGGGAAUUGAACCUGGAAGUUACCCAAUUUAGGGCCUCACCUUGACCAGGCCCUUGAGAAUUUCUCACACUUUAGAGGGGUCUUUUAACCCCAUUCACUUGGAACUUGCUUCCCAACAAGAAGUGAGGACUAUCUCCUUCUUCCCCCAGAAACUGGUUAGAAAUGUAGAAACUUGAGCUCCAUCCCACCUACUCCAUGAAAAUCUGAAUUUUAACAAGAUCUAUUGGGGGGCUAUCUGCCCAGUAUAGUAUGAGGAGAACUGUUCCAUACAGUUUCUAGCUUCUGGAAUACACUAAAUAUGUAUCAGUAAUAAGUACCAGGCCAAAUUAGGCCUUUUAUUACCAAGAAACUGAGGAAUUUUUAUUUCAUAGCUUUGCUUUCCAGUAGGGAAAAAAAAACUUGGUGCAUCCCUUUAGACAUUGCUAAACAGUGUUUUGGUUCAACUAAGCUAGGAAUGAAAUCAUGAA